GACAGUGAAAGACUUCCUCUUAAAGCUGUUUAAAUGAGAAUGUCCCUGGCACAAAGAGUCCUACUGACAUGGCUUUUUACGUUACUCUUCCUGAUCAUGCUGGUGCUAAAGUUGGAUGAGAAAGCGCCAUGGAACUGGUUCCUCAUUUUUAUUCCAGUCUGGAUAUUUGAUACUAUUCUUCUAGUUAUGUUAAUUGUAAAAAUGGCUGGACGUUGCAAGUCUGGCUUCGACCCCCGCAAUGGCUCCCAAAACAUCAAGAAAAAAGCCUGGUAUCUCAUUGCAAUGCUACUUAAAUUAGCCUUCUGCCUUGCCCUCUGUGCUAAACUGCAGCGAUUUACUACAAUGAAGCUGGCCUAUGUGUUUAUCCCUUUGUGGGCCUUGCUUAUUGGGGGUAUGGUUGAACUUGGAUAUAAUAUCUUCUAUGUACGAAGAGACUAA